UCACUCCAACACUCCAUUAGCUCCUGUUGAUUUUAACCUCAGACCUGCAAAAAAAAAAUCUUUAUUGGUUCUAAUUAUAGUGGACAAAAAAAAAACUUCCUUUCAAUACAAAAACUGACCCAGGAAUGCCCGAAAAUCAUUAGAAAGUGCCCCAAAAUCUACAGAAAAUGAGCAUAAGUGCCCCGAAACUAACAGAAAGUGACCAAUGAACAGAAACUCUUACCUGAAAUGCCCUACAAUCAACAAGAAAUGAUCCAAAAUGUACAGGAAGUACCCAAAAGCAAAAGGAACUGACCCAAAAAUGCCCGAAACUCAUCAGAAAGUGUCCCAAAAUCGACAGAAAUUGAAUAUUUGAGCCCCAAACUGAACAAGAAGUGAGCCAAAAUCAACAGGAGUGACCCAGAAAUGCCCCAAAACCAACAAGAAGUGACAUAUGAACAGGAAAUGACCCGGGAAUAUCUACAAGAAGUGACCUGGAAAUCAACAAUAAAUUAUCCAAAAUGUACAGAAAGGGACCCAGAAAUGCCUCAAACCCAAAAGGACGUGACCAAAAAACAAGAAGUGACCUGGAAAUGCUUUUCAAAGAACAAGAAAUGGUCUAAAAAUGAACAGGAACUGACCCAAAAUCAACAUGAAGUGACACAAAAAUGCCCCAAAUCCAACAGGAAGUGACCAAUAAACAGGGAGUGAGCUGGAAAUCCCCUAAAAUCAACAAGAAAUGAUCCAAAAUGUGCAGAAAGUGACCAGAAAUGCCCCAAAACCAGCAGGACGUGACUUUGAAAUGCCCUUAAAACAAUAAGAAACAGUCCAAAAUGUACAGGAAGUGACCCAAAAUCAACAGGAAGUGACCCAAAAUGUCCCAAAUCCAACAGCAAGUGACCAAUAAACAGGAAGUGAGCUGGAAAUCCCCUAAAAUCAACAAGAAAUGAUCCAAAAUGUGCAGAAAGUGACCAGAAAUGCCUCAAAACCAACAGGAAGUGACUUGGAAAUGCCCUUUAAGCAAUACAAAAUGAUCCAAAAUGUACAGUAAGUGACCCAAAAUCAACAGGAAGUGACCCAGAAAUGUCCCAAAACCAACAGGAAGUGACCAAUAAACAGGAAGUGACCUGGAAAUGCCCUCAAAUCAACAACAAAUGAUCCGAAAUGUACAGGAGGUGACCCCAAAUUAACAAGAAGUUACCCAGGAAUGCUCCAAAACUAACAGAAAGUGAGACAAAAUCAACAGGAAGUGACCCAAAAUGAACAAGAAGUUACCCAGGAAUGCUCCAAAACCGACAUAAAGUGAGCCAAAAUCAACAAGAAGUGACCUGGAAAUGUUCCUAAAAUCAAGAAGGUUUCUCCAGAAAUGGCACAUUUUUAGUACGUAUGAUAAUCACUGUUGCAUUCCAGACAUUUCCCAAGGAAAUUUCCUUUGUUCAGUUUGUUUCUUGUUUUCUUCACCCUUUUUUGGGAAAAUAAUGGGGCCUUUCCCCUGUGAAUCUUUAUAGAAAGUAAGGAAAAGGUGGGUAGAAAUGAAGGGAAAUGGUCAAUAGGUGGAGGGCUGACAAGUGAGUCACACACAGAAAGAGAGACAAGAUGACGGGCGGGCGUUUCAACAUCACAAAUAUAGCGAGAGAGGGAGAUUGAAAUUGACCAGAGUUGAGCUGUUGUUGUUGGUCAUCAUGGUUGCCGGGCAGAAGUGCCUGGCUUUCCUGCUUCACAACUUGAGCAAGAGCAAAGGGAAGCAAAUUCUGGAACCCAGCGCCAAGCGCAGUAAAGCCACAUCCCUGGCCGGGUUUUUUCCCAUCAAGACUGCGCCGCUCAAAAGGUUGGGACAGACGCUGCAGCGUUCCAUCAGCUUCCGAAACGAGAGAGCUCUUCCGGUGUCUACCGACGCGAAAACCGAACCCAACGCUUCUUCUUCUCGCGGUUCUUCGGCGGCAUCCGGGCCUUCCGCGGCGACCGGCAAACGUCGCGAUAGCAAACUGUGGAGCGAAACGUUCGACGUCCACACGGGGGCGGCGCAGACACUCACUCCCAAAGACAUCAAACGACAGGAGGCCAUUUUUGAGCUAUCUCAGGGUGAGCAAGAUCUGGUGGAGGAUCUGAAACUGGCAAAAAAGGCCUACCACGACCCCAUGCUGAAGCUCUCCAUCAUGACCGAGCAAGAACUCAACCAAAUUUUCGGAACUCUGGAUUCACUGAUUCCGCUGCAUGAAGACCUACUGAAUCACCUCUUCCAGGCCAGGAACCCGGACGGAUCCACAGAACAUGUGGGACAGAUUCUGACCGACUGGCUGCCGUGUCUGUCGUCGUACACGGCCUACUGCGGCAAUCAGGUUUGGGCCAAGGCCUUGCUGGACCAGAAGAAGCAGGACCGGCGAGUGCAGGACUUCCUGCAGCGCUGCCGGCAGUCGCCUUUCAGCAGGAAGUUGGACCUAUGGAACUUCCUGGACAUCCCGCGCAGUCGGUUGGUCAAGUACCCGCUGCUGCUCAGGGAGAUCCUCAAGCACACACCCGACUGGCACCGGGACAGGCCGCACCUGGACCAAGCGAUGCAGAUGAUCCAAAGCGUUUUGGCGGACAUCAACAGAUGCACUGGCGAGUCUGAGUGUCAGUUCUACAAGGACCGGCUGCUCUACGCCGAGGUGGGCCAGAGUGACGCCCUCAUCCAGCGCUCCAGGACGCUAUGCUGCCACGGCGAGCUCAAGAACAACCGAGGACUGAAGCUCCACGUGUUCCUCUUCCAGGACGUGCUUGUCAUCACCCGAUCGGUCUCCAUGAACGAGCAGCCCGCUAGCUACCAGCUGUGCCGGCGACCCAUCCCCAUCCGCCAGCUGGAUCUUGAAGACCUCUCGGACGGCGAGAUGAGAGUGGGCGGGUCCAUUCGAGGAGCUUUCAGCAACAAUGAGCGCACAAAGAACUUCUUCCGCGUGUCCCACCGAGUUUCUGGCGGUCCACUGGAGAGUCACUGCUUUCAAGCUAGUGACGCCUUCAACAAGCAGCAGUGGAUCAACUGCAUCCGACAGGCCAAAGAAUCCGCCGAGGCGAGGGCAGGACAGGAGGACCCUUCGCUAGACCUCGUCCAAGCCGAGACUGAACUCAUUCAGUACCAAAUCAAAAUGGAGGACGCCAAAGAGCAAGCAAUAGCGGCGGACAUGGACGCCGGUUAUCAGGAGGACGUACGAUGCUGAUGUUUGCACUUCAUGUACUACCAGAGAGUAGCGCUGUACGUUAUGGCACUAGAAAUCGACAUUUUAAAACUGUCAUCAUCGCCAUGAAUAGACCGUUCCUGCAAUGCAGAUUUUGACCAUCAGGUAGCGCCAAAUUAGCGGUGAUUUAUAAUUUUUUCAAGCCAUAGUAGUGCAACAUAUCGGCCUCGAGAUUUCCCAAGCAAAUUUGCUCCCCCUGCCGACCGUACGUGAGUAACUCAUCCAUGAAAAUAGAAAAUGGCAAUAAUUUGUACCAAUAUCAAUAUUAAUUUAAUUAUAUUAUGUUUACCUAAUAUAUAGCAACUUUAAAAGUUACGGCCACCAGGGUAAAAAAAAAAAAAACAUACCUAAUCUGGACCCACGGUUUAGUCAUCUGUAAUCACAGAUGACUAAACUGUACCCCAAAUUUACUAAACUCUACUCCCAUAUUAUUAAACUGGUUAACAUAUUACUAAACGGUACCCAAAGUUUACUAAACUGUACCCAGAGUUUAAUAAUCUGUACCCACUGUAUACUAAAUUCUACCCGCAGAUUUCUAAUCUGUACCCACAUAUUACUAAAGGUUACCCAUAGGUGACUAAUCUGUAUCCACAUAUUACUAAACUGUACCCACAGUUUACUAAUCUGUACCCACAUAUUACUGAACUGUACCCACAGAUUACUACACUGUAGCCAGAGUUUAGUAAUCUGUACCCACGAAUUACUAACCUGUACCCAUUGCACAACUAAAUUGUACCCACAGGUUACUAAACUGUACCCACAGACUACUAAUCUGUACCCACAGAUUACUAAACUCUACCCACAGAUUACUAGUAUGUACAAACAGAUUACUAAACUGUACUCACAGUUUUCUAAUUUGUACCUUCACAUUACUAAACUGUACCCAAAGACUACUACUCUGGAUCCACAUAAUACUAAACUGUACCCACAGAUUACUAAACUUUUACCACAGAAAAUGUACCCAUAGUUUACUAAUCUGUACCAACAUAUUACUAAACUGUACCCACAGAUUACUCAAAUGUACCCAGAGUUUAAUAAACAGAUUACUAAACUGUACCCAGAGUUUAGUCAUCUGUACCCACAUAUUACAAACCUGUACCCAUUGCUCCACUAAGUUGUACCCACAGUUUACUCAACUGUACCCACAGAUUACUAGUAUGUACAAACAGAUUACUAAACUGUACUCAGUUUUCUAAUCUGUACCUACAGAUUACUAAACUGUACCCACAGACUACUACUCUGGACCCACAUACAGUAAUACUAAACUGUACCCACAGAUUACUAAACUGUACCCACAGAUAUCUAAUUUGUACCCACAUAUUACUAAACUGUACCCACAGACUACUUAACUGUACCCUGAGUUUACCUAUCCUUACCCACAGUUUACUGUUAUGUACAGAUUACUAAACUGUACCGACAGUUUACUAAUCUGUACCCACGGAUUACUAAAGUGUACCCACAGACCACUAAACUGCACCCACAUAGUACUAAACUGUACCCACAGUUUACUAGUAUAUACAAUCAGAUUACUAAACCAUACCCAUAAACUACUAAUCUGUACCUACAGACUCCUUAUCUGGACCCACCGAUGACUAAACUGGGGGUACAGAUUAGGUAUGUUCUUUCUACCCUGGCACCCAAGAGGCUCCAUAAAAAGUCAUUUUUGGUGGUAUUAACCGAUACCUGUACUGUACCGACACCAUGAUUUUUGAAAAAAUCACACUAUAUCUUUUUUUUCCCAAUACUAAAUUCUGUAUACGCACUUGAAUGUAAAAUAAUUCUAUUAUGGCUUGGUUAGACACUGACGACAUUAGACUUCCAAUCCAUUUGAAGUGGGAGGGAAGCCAGCAAAUGAACGAACAUUCAAAUGGAUUGGACGUCUACUAAACUCAGUGCAGGCAGAAGCAUGAAAAGACCUUUCAUCGCCCCUACCAACAUGGCCUCGGGGCGGCCAUUUGGUAAGGACGAUGUUCCCAUCAAAGUCAAUGCACUGAUAUUAAAAUGAAGUCAAAACUA